GCCCUGCGCGACCUCUAGGACUUACCCAGCAGGCAACGCUUCUGCCUCGGGUCAAAAUGGCUGGCAGGCCUGCCGUUGCAGCAUCAAGCAAGUGGCUGGAGGGUAUUCGAAAAUGGUAUUACAGUGCUGCGGGGUUCAAUAAACUGGGCUUAAUGCGAGAUGAUACAAUACAUGAAAAUGAUGAUGUAAAAGAAGCCAUAAGAAGGCUUCCUGAGAACCUUUAUAACGAGAGGGUGUUUCGCAUUAAGAGAGCACUGGACCUGUCCAUGAGGCAGCAGAUCUUGCCUAAAGAGCAGUGGACAAAAUAUGAGGAGGAUAAAUUCUACCUUGAACCAUAUCUGAAAGAGGUUAUUCGGGAAAGAAAAGAGAGAGAAGAAUGGUCAAAGAAAUAAUCAUUUAGUCUAAACCUGUGGCUGCACCUGUCCUAAAGUAUUUUUAUGAAGUUGGUUAAACCUGAAACAUACAAUGUAGAACUAUCUGGGCUGUAAAUUUAUUACUUUAAAUAAAUAUCUAUUAUAAUUAU